CUUACUCCAAAAUUUGAUUUUUUGCAACUUAAAAUUAUCUGAUAUUAAAUCCUUCAGGCAACUGUAUUACAAUUCAAUAUUAGUAUUCUUAUUGACGACUAGUUCCAUAUUUAUAAAAGGGGUAAUCAGUCAAGAUGUACAUAUGGAUAUAUCUGAAUUUGGGCUAUUAGGCGGAGAAGCAUGGUUUUAUUGUAACUAUACUGAUAAAGGUGAUUCAAUUAUAGGACUGGAAUGGUUUUUUUCGGCCGAUCCUUCAGAUCUGGGAACACCACUUUUAUCGUAUGACCCAUGGACCCAUGGAGUUCAAGUAAACCAUAAAUGGAACGAUCGUUUAAAUUUUCAAGACAAAACCACAAAUACUUCCUUCUUUAUAUCACCAUUGAAAAGGGAAGAUCAAGGAAUUUAUCGUUGCACAGUAAUAGGAGAUGAAACCAUAACCAAAGAAAAAUUUUUGGAAGUUUACGAUCCUCCUGAUGAAAAAGAUGGAUUAAAGGUUAUUGAAGAUUUUAAGCCUUUAAUGAUUGGUGAAACUGCUAUAUAUACUUGCCAAUCAAGCAAUUCAAGUCCCCCAGCUAAACUUAUGUGGUUAAUAAAUGAUAACCCCGCUCAAAAGGAAAAUAUACCAUUGAAUUUAACUCUUACUGAUCCUUUAACUGGUACUUCAACAUCAGUGUUGAAAAUUAAAUUAAUUGGAUUGACAAAUUUACAUGGUGCAAAGCUAGUUUGUAGAGCUACUAUGUUUAGACAGCAGCCUAAGGAAUGGAUAAGAACUAUUGAAGUCACAACAAGUAUCAAAAAGUUGAGCCCCUUCUCAAAUUCUUAUUUCCCACUACCACCUAAUACAUUACCAGAAAUUUACUCGAAUAUUAGUAUGAACACACAUGAUAAAAGCUUAUUGUUAAAUUUGGGUGUAAAUAAAAUGAAUACAUCAUUUGAAUUACUUCAAAAUCAAACUACUAAGGCUAUUGUAGAAAUAACUACAUCAGGAAUCAUUCAUAACGACGAAACAAAUACUGAAGAUGGUAUAGUAAAAGGUCAAACUUUAGCUCCUAGAUUAAUAACCAAUGUUGAUUUAUUUGUAACCUCCCCUCAAAGUACUUCUGGCGACUUGUUUAUGAAUAUUACGACAUUUAGUAAUGAUUUUAAUAAUCAUCUAAUUAAAAAUCAUUCAACAAUGGAAAUGACGACAAAUAACAAUUUAGUUACAACUGCUUUAUUGAUUCAAAAUCAUAUGGGAAAUAUUUCGUUUAUGAACAUAUUGGACAGUACCUUACCUAGAAAUCGAACUUUAGAAAAUAUAAAUAUGAUGUUAGCUACUGGCUCCCCCAGAGAUGUAAGUGCAACCGCCCCAAUGAGAAAUGAUAUGUCAAUUACUAAAUCGCAAGUAACUAAGAAAAAUUCAGCAAAUCCAUUAAGUGGAAAUUUUAAAAUUAGCCUACUAUUAAUAGUGUCUUUUUCAAUAUACUGGUAAAACUUAUCCUACAAUGCUAUAGUCGUUGUGUAAUAUUUAUGCCUAAUCGCAACGAAAGUUUUAUCACUUAUUAAUGAUAAGAAUCGCUAAUAUUUUUAUUAUAAAAGUUUCAUUUAUGUAUCAUUUUUUUUAAUACUUGUUAUUAUGUUUAAUGUGAUUCGAUUCUAUUAUUUGGGUUAGCAAAUCACUUACUGUAUUUAAUUGUACCACAUAUUUUU